AUGUUCGCGGUGUCGACGACGGGGGUGAUGGCCCCGGUGGCGCGCGCGUGGCACGCGUGGCGCGCGCGGGGGUACGGAGCUAAGCCCAAGGCUCGGGCUCCGUCCAUCGUCGCGCUCCCCGCCGCGCUCGGGCGCUCAAAGCCUUCGAUCCCCCGGCCCGCCAUGACGCGCGUCGAAAAACAAAGUGCGUUCCCCCGCGGACCGCACCCGCCCGCGUCGGUCUCGUUCUUCGACGAGGACCCCGCGUGGGACGCCGUGGUCGCCGCGGAGACCCAGGCGUCCAACGAGAACACCCCGAACGACGCGCGCGACGGCGCCGCGCUCGCCAUGAGCGACGACUUUGUCGCGUCGCAGCCGCUGGAGUACGAACGAUCCAUCGCCGUGUUCGUCUGCCUCGCCGUCGCCGCGGUGGUGCUCUCCGUGCCCUUCGGCUUCGUGCGAUGGAAUCUCAGCACGCUCGCGCCGCUCGUGUGGUGGCAGCUCGGCCUGAGCACCGCGUUGGGCACCGCCGCGGCGGGCCCGUUGGUGUACGCGUGCACCCUCCCCGCCAUCCGAUCGCGCGUCAAUUUCCCGGUCAUGGCUCGAGCGUCCUUCGGCGUCCGCGGCGCGAAGAUCGCCGACGCCGGCCGCGGGAUCCUCGGCCUCGUGCUGUUCACGCUCGUCACCCUCGCGGGCGGCGAAGCCUUGCUCGGCGCGGCGUCCGCGCUCGCCAACAACGGCGUCCUCUACGACGGCGUAUUCGCCGAUCCCGAUUCGCUCUUGGGACUCUUUGAGCGGCUCGUGGCGUACCUCGCCUUCUGGGGCGUCCAGUGCGCCGCUUUGGUGCUCGCGAGGCCGGACAAACGGUUGAUGUGGUGCGCCAGAGGCGGGAGCGCGCUCGUGGCAUUUCACUUUUGCCGAGCCGCACACGCGGGGUUCAGGGAGGCGUUGGCGUUGGACCUGCCCCUCGCGUCGCUUCCCCGAGAGUUUUGGACUCACGCCAUGCUCACCGCCGGGGUUUGGUUCACCCUCGCCGCGAUCCUCCCGGAUUACGCCAGGAAGUGCGUCAACGGCGACGGGUACCUCAAAGCGCAGGCGUUCUGGCUGCCGGUGCUCGCCGGGUGCGCCUCGGUCGCCGCGCUCGGCGUCGUCGGCGAAUCGUCGCCAAUCGCGUGUCUCCUAACGGUGACGGCGGCGUGCCUGGUGACAAACGCGACGACGACGAGCGUCGGCGCGGUGGCGACGGUACGCGCGUGGCGUCCGCAGGGGGCGCGACGCGCGGCGUUCAGCGUCGCGGCGUUGGCGCUGAUUGCCGCGCCGCUGGCGCCGACGUGGCAGCAGGUCAUCGCGUCGGCUUCGUGGGCGGCGGGCAUAGGCUCGCUCCUCGUGGCGCCCGCCAUCGGAGUCGUCCUGGCGGAGUAUUGGGUCACGUCCAAACGGCGCAUCGACGCCGAGGCGCUGUACAGGCGAAGCGACGCGGAGGGUAGGUACUGGUACCAGGGGGGCGUGGGUACGAGGGCCGUCGCCGCCGCCGCCGUCGGCGCCGCGCCGAACCUUUACGCGCUCGCGUCCGGCGUCGCGUCGUCGCUCGCGUCCACGGGACAGGCGCGGCUCAACCUGUACAUCGUCAACAGCGAGUACUCGUCGCUGGUGGGCAUGGCGCUGGCGGCGGUGACGUACCUCGCGUCAUACGCGGCGUUCCCGGCGAUACCGCGGUGGCUGGAGAGCGCGCAGCCGCUUCAGCAGUUUACGAUGUGCCUGGAACAGACAGCCGCGCUCGCGCUGGCCACCGUCGCUUUCGUCGCGUCCAUCCCGCGCAAGGCGGCGACCAAGUACGUCGAGGUCCAGGCUGAGCGCAAGGCCCGGGCCGAGGCGACGGCGGAGGCGGAGGCCAAGGCUGAGCGCGUUUCGGAUCUGUUGGCGCCAAAAGCUAGGGAUCCGGAGACGGCAUCAAAGAUAUCGCGAGCGAUGCGAACCGUCGACGCGGGCAGCAUCGGCCGCAAGGUCCAAGCGCGGUUGGACGCUCAGGAGGCUGAGGAGCGCAAGAAGCUGGACGAGGUCAUGAAGAAGCCGGACGUCGUUCAGGCCAAGAAGGAGAUGGACAAGGCCCGAAAGGAGGCGACCGAUGCCGUGGCGCAGUACGAGGAGGCGACCAAGAUGAGCUUCGGAGCUGACCGAGACCUCGCGCUGAAGGAGGCGAGGCGGCUGGUGGAGGCUUCCUACCAGCUCAAGGUUAAGUGCGAGAUGCACUUCGAGUCUUUGGUGUACAAGUACAUGGACAAGAUCAUUCGAGACGCGGACGCUCCCCCGGCGGAAAAGGAGCGCGCGAUGGUGGCGGCGGUCAACACGAUCAAGGCUGAGGCCAGGGCCGCCGCCGAGGCUGCCAAGGAGGCCUUGAAGGAGGCUGCCGAGGCGGCGAAGAAGCGGCGCGAGGAGGAGGAGGAGAGGAAACGGGAAUUCGAAGCCGAGAUGAAGAAGGCAAAGGAAGCCGAAGCGAAGGCUAAGGCUGAGGCGGCCGCGAAGGCCAAGGCUGAAGCCGAGGCUAAGGCCAAGGCUGAAGCCGAGGCUAAGGCCAAGGCUGAAGCUGAGGCUAAGGCCAAGGCUGAAGCCGAGGCUAAGGCCAAGGCUGACGCGGCGGCGGCCAAGAAGGCUGAGGAGGAACGGAAAAAGAAUCAGGCGGAGGUUGAGGCCAAGGCCCGCGCCAGGGCCGAGGCUUCGGAGAAGGCCAAGGCUGAAGCCGCGGCGAAGGCCAAGGCUGAGGAGGAGGAAGCCGCCAAGCGGGAGGCUGAGAACGUCGCCAAAAUGAGGGCUGAACGGGAUGCUGCCAAGGCUGAGGCUGCCAAGGCAGCUGAGGAGCUCGCGGCUAAACUCGCGUCGGCGCCGCCCACCGACCCCGAGCUGCCCGACGCGUCCGCGGCCACGGCGAUGGCGACGGGCGGCGAGACGAACGGCGCGCUGGGUGUCUUGGUGCUGCUCGCCGCCGUCAUGGUAUUCGUCGUCGCGGCUCUCAUGGGCGGCUCCGACGGCUUCAACGUGUAA